UAGCUUCAGUUUUCAACACCAGAGAGUUGUAAGUGCGGAGAAAAAUCAGAACUCUGGGAUAUCAGCAAAAUGAAUAUCAGCAGCGUCAGCUCGAAAGACAAACAAUCAUAGAGCCCCUCCGUUGUUUAUUUGUUUUUCGUGCCGCAUCAAUACCCAACGCGUGCCACGGCCAGCCGAAGAGGUUCAAAGGAUAACUUCCCCGUGCAACUUUUGCGGGGUGCGGGCAAGGAGAGCGGGGGGCAGGAGUGCUGGACGCGCAGACAGCGCGGAAUCGAUAUCGAUGGUACGCACCAAAAACCAGUCGUCUUCCUCCAGCGCCAGCAGCAGCAGUACCAAGUCACCCAUAAAGUCAAGCGGGGGAACGGGAUCCUCGGGCGGAGGAGUCGGUGGCCGCCAGUCCACGCAUCGCUCGUCGAGCGCGUCCAACGUUGCGGCCGUUGUAGCCGGCGCCUCUUCUGCCGGAGGAGCAGGCUCCUCUAAUCGCCGCAGUCCGGGCAGUUCGCCAGACGGCGACGACGACACCACCACCACAGAUGACCUGACCCCCACUACGUGCUCCCCGCGCAGCGGCCACCAUCAUCAGUACGGCUACGGCUACUCGUCCUCCGUGCACAAACAGAACCUCUACGUCGUCUCGUUCCCCAUAAUCUUUCUGUUCAACGUUCUGCGUUCGCUGAUUUAUCAGCUGUUUUGUAUUUUUCGCUACCUCUACGGGGCGAGCACAAAAGUUAUUUACCGCCCGCACCGACGCGACUGCAACAUCGAGAUUGUGGUGCAGAACCCCUCCAAGGAGCAGCAGCAAUCCCUGAAUCCGGACCUUAACAGCGAGGGUGCUGGCCCGGAACAGCAGUUAUCCAAUCAGCCGCAGCGUUUCCGACCCAUUCAACCGCUGGAGAUGGCCGCCAAUCGUCCCGGAGGUGGUUACUCACCAGGUCCCGGUGAUCCUCUGCUGGCCAAGCAGAAGCAUCACCAUCGACGCGCCUUCGAGUACAUCUCCAAGGCGCUCAAGAUUGAUGAGGAGAACGAAGGUCACAAAGAGCUGGCAAUUGAGCUCUACCGGAAAGGCAUCAAAGAGUUGGAGGAUGGCAUAGCUGUCGACUGCUGGAGUGGACGUGGUGAUGUCUGGGAUCGGGCUCAGCGGCUGCAUGACAAGAUGCAGACGAACCUUUCAAUGGCCCGAGACCGUCUCCACUUUCUCGCGCUGCGUGAGGAGGAUUUGAAAAUGCAGCGUCUCUCCUUGAAGGAGAAGCAGAAGGAGCAGGCUCAAAGCAGGCCCCAGAAGUCCAGGGAGCCCAUGCUGGCGGGCAUGACCAGCGAACCCAUGAAGCUCAACAAGGUGCGCAGCAGUGGCUACGGGCCCAAGGCCACCACCAGUGCCCAGCCCACGGCAUCUGGUCGGAAGCUAACCAUUGGAACCAAGCGUCCCGUCAAUCUGGCCGUGGCCAACAAGUCACAAACGCUGCCGCGAAACCUUGGCUCCAAAACAUCCGUGGGCGCCGUCCAAAGGCAGCCAGCCAAGACGGCUGCCACGCCUCCCGCCGUUCGGCGCCAGUUUUCCUCGGGUCGUAAUACGCCGCCCCAGCGUUCACGAACUCCCAUAAACAACAACGGACCCAGUGGCAGUGGCUCCAGCACGCCGGUGGUGAGCGUCAAAGGCGUUGAGCAGAAGCUGGUGCAGCUCAUACUCGAUGAGAUUGUCGAGGGCGGGGCCAAAGUGGAGUGGACGGACAUUGCUGGCCAGGAUGUGGCCAAGCAGGCUCUUCAGGAGAUGGUCAUUCUGCCCUCCGUCCGGCCGGAGCUGUUUACGGGACUCCGCGCCCCAGCCAAGGGACUUCUGUUGUUCGGUCCACCCGGAAAUGGCAAGACCCUGCUGGCCCGUGCCGUGGCCACCGAGUGCAGUGCCACCUUCCUGAACAUUUCGGCUGCCUCGCUGACCAGCAAGUAUGUAGGCGAUGGCGAGAAACUGGUGAGGGCCCUGUUCGCAGUGGCCCGCCACAUGCAGCCCUCCAUUAUUUUCAUCGACGAAGUAGACUCUCUACUCUCGGAGCGCAGCAGCAGCGAACAUGAGGCUUCCCGUCGCCUAAAGACCGAGUUCCUGGUGGAGUUCGAUGGCCUGCCUGGUAAUCCAGAGGGCGAUAGAAUAGUGGUGCUGGCCGCCACCAAUAGACCGCAGGAAUUGGACGAGGCCGCUCUGCGUCGGUUCACGAAGCGCGUUUACGUCUCACUGCCCGAUGAGCAGACCCGCGAGCUGCUCCUUAACCGACUGCUGCAGAAGCAGGGCAGUCCGCUAGAUACAGAGGCGUUGCGUCGCCUGGCCAAGAUCACAGACGGAUACUCGGGCUCCGAUUUGACGGCCCUGGCCAAGGACGCCGCCCUGGAGCCCAUCCGAGAGUUGAAUGUGGAGCAAGUUAAGUGUCUGGACAUCAGUGCCAUGCGUGCGAUCACAGAGCAGGAUUUCCACAGCUCGUUGAAGCGCAUCAGGCGCUCGGUGGCGCCGCAGAGCCUUAACUCGUACGAGAAGUGGUCGCAGGAUUACGGCGAUAUCACCAUCUAGUCUGUUCUAGCCAGCGAUCCUGCCCCCUCCAUCACUCCAGUCUGAAGCAGCUGUGAUGUGAGUGUCAGUACGUUAUUCUUAGCCGUUGCUCUAGUUUUGAUCAUGUGACCCAUCUUCACUUCAGGUUCUAUUCAAUCUUUAGAAUUUGAGUUUCACAAACAUUGUUAGAUUUGUAUUAACCAGUGAAUUAUUCAAUAUGAUUUGUUCCCAUGCGAUAUCUUGUGUUUUAGCCUAAGGUUAUUGUACUAUGGUCGUUUUACCGCCCUGUCCAUGUGGUGCGGCACCCCGUCAUGCAGCAGGAGUUGCUAGAACAGUAGUUCCGCCCUGUUUUCGUUUCGUACUUGUAUUCAAGGGCACAUUGCUUUAUAAACUAGUUUUAAGUUUUUGGAACAUUCCUUGUAGUGGCGUUUCUUUCUCAAGACAGGCGGCCCAAGAAGUUCACAACUACUUCCAUUGUAUCCCUGAACCAAUAGAGCAUAUUUUUGUUGUACAUUGAGUGCCCAUCCACAAGCUACAUGUAAUCUAGAAGUAAGCGUAGUCCUAAGACCGAUGAGAUAUACUUAUACACACACCAACAAAGAUACAUUUACCAGCGCAGAGUCGGAUUUAAGUUUUAAUAGUUAUACUGUCUCCGUAUCGUUAGUAUAGUUUAGUUCCUUUGUUUCAAUCGAUGUACCUACGGCUAUAAAUACAAUCGUCUCCGAAUCACCUAUAUUAUUAGUAACACUUUCAAAUUGUUGUACCUAGCAGGUGCGUAUGGAUCUGGUGUUAUCAGAUCACUCAGAACAUCUACACCCGCACAUAUGCUCGUGCUUAUCGCGGUACUUUGAACCAGCUUCUACGCAGCUCGCCCACCCGGAAUUUGAGUUCUAUGACUAGUUACUAAACACAGAUCCAAAACUACAUGCAUACAAAAAAAUAUACAACAAAUAAAUCUCUAGAAUACGCUAAAUAAAAUCGAUUUCAAAAGA